UUUGCAAAAUCUCUUCAAAAUCUGCAAUUCUUUCUGCAGAUUUUUAUAUAAGAGCAUCCUUGUUCGAUUGUUUUGCAAUAAGGUUGUUGCGAUAAUCGAACAGCGUUUCAUAAUGUUUCCAACUCAUCUUUCUGUCAAUGACCUGGGCGUGUUUGCAGUGGCGAUGGUUUUCGGACUGAUAGUCGUUCUUCUUUUCAUGUUUGACUUUGUAAGAGUGUUGUAAACGGGAGUUGAUUUCGUGGCCAACAGAUAAGUGUCGACUGCUUGAGUAUCUCUAGACUUGGCCGGUUUCGGGCUAUCAGUAUUCUAAGGGACUUGUAAACACUCAAGUCCUGAUCACAUUCAUAUUCAUCGUUUAUUGCUAAAUCAAGGUACUUUUAUACAUAUUGGUAGCUAAAUCAUACGUGGGAAAAUAUAGUAGGUAAUGCAUGUGGUUUCCUUUCUAGUAAACACCCUAAUUCGAUUGAAAGCUUAAAACACUAUUACUCCUACAUUACUUACGUAAAUCCUGAGCGGCUAGGUUUGAGUAAUCAUUCCAUCCUACACAAAAUCCUAUCAGUUUAAAGGGUGUAGCUUGUAGCUUUUACGCUAUUCCGAUCGGAAGGCACAUCUAACUAUCUACUUUACACCCUGCACAUUUUUGCACGCUUGCUUACACAAUAGGGAUCAUAUUUCCGGUUCCUAUCAAGCUAGUAAUUGAUCUAUUGUUCACUCAAGAUUAACAAGUCACGAUUCAUUGUACAAAGUGUCACGAAUUCUUUAACUUUACUACACUAUCCCCCCCUUAGAAAUGGGCAUGUCCCCAUGCCAUGCAACAAAGGAAAGGAAAACUACUGGAUUCUAAAGCAAAAUAUAAAUCACUGGGUGUACAGCCACUAUAAAAAAAAUAUCAACUCUGAAUGCAGCUACAGUAAGAAAAUUAAUCAAAGUUCAUUCAAAAAUUAAGAAACAAAGUCUCUCAUCCAAGCAGGAGCAUGAACUUCUCUUCUUGGUCUGUCUACAACAGGGGGAGGCACUACUUCAGCUACUGGUUCUGGAGCUGGCACUUCUGCCUCUGUGGAGUCCUCUUCCUCAGCUCUUGCUAAUGUCCCGUUCCCGUCAGCUGCAGUACCAUCUGCAUACAUAAGAUCAGUCUCAUCCGGAACAUAGCGAGGGGGAAGAUGAGGUCUCCGCACUGGCAAACUGGAAGGCUGGCCAGUAGACUGAUCAGGUUGCUCGGCCCUCUGUCGUGGCUCACCACACAGCUUCAGUCGAUUGAAGUGCACAACUCGCCGUUUCCUGGGGUUGUCCACUUCUUCUAUCCGGUACGUUACAUCGCUGAUCUUCUUUACCACCACGUGUGGACCAUGCCAUGGCGAAUGCAACUUCUUUGUCCGUCCUGACUUGAUUACAGGAAAAUGAAGGUACACAUGAUCUCCAACCUUUAUCUCGUCUCCAGCGACGCGGCGAUCAUAGUAGUCCUUCUUUCUUCUCUGGGCAGUCUUCAGGUGUUCUCUAGCUCUCUCAUGGGCUUCUUCGAGGGUGGAUCUGAGGUUCCUUGCGUACUCAGAGGCUGCUUCAGGCUGAUGAGGUUCACGACCAUACAUAACGUCUAAGGGCAACCGUACCUCAUGUCCAAACAACAGGUAGUGGGGUGUGUACUGGGUAGAGGAAUGGACACUGGACCGGUAUGCCAUCAUAACCAUGGGUAGGUGAACAUCCCAGUCACGCUGGUGCUCGGCGACAUAUUUUGCCAGCAUGUCCUGUAUCGUACGGUUCAUGCGCUCAACCAUGCCAUCACUCUGUGGGUGGUAUGGCGUUGUUCUCGUUUUCUCGAUACUGAAGAGGUUACACAUUUCCUUAAACAGCUGGGCUUCGAAGUUCCGGCCCUGGUCAGUGUGGAUACGCUCGGGCGCCCCGAACCUGGAAAUAACCUCGUUCACCAGCUUUUCUGCGACUGUCUUUGCCUCUUGAUUCGGGAGUGGGAAUGCCUCGGUCCACUUUGUGAAGUAGUCUCCAACAACCAGAAUGUACUUCUGACCAGAUUCUGUUGUUGGUAGGGGACCCAUGAUGUCCAAAGCAAUCCUCUCAAACGGGUAACCGGGACAGCUGCUGACAAGGGGUGCUCUUCCUGGCUGCUGUGGGGACUUCCUCCUCGAGCACUUUUCGCACUGUUGGCACCAAUCUUCGAUGUCAUGCUGCUGACCAUACCAGUAGAAGCGUUCUCUCACUCGCUCCAAGGUCUUAGUUACUCCCAGGUGGCCAGCUGAGGGUGCAUCGUGAAGGGCGGAAAGGACUUCGGAUACCAUAGACCUGGGAAGUACUAACUGCAGCCGCGUACCAUGACCAUCAUCUGUUUCCCACCGGCGGUAAAGGACACCAUUCUCCAACUGCAACCUGUUCCAUUGUGCCCACAAGCUCCUGGUUGCUUUACUGGUUCCUUCUAUCUUCCGGAAAGCCGGUUGGCUGGUCUGGUUCUGCUUCCAAGCCAAGAUCUUCUUCAAGUCAGGAUCCGCCGCUUGACUGGAUCGCAGGUUGGUCACUGUCCAACUGGGUACCCAGGUACUGGUGCUGCUGCCUACUGCAUUGGUCUGGGUUGUCUGGUCAGUGUCCUCAGCAACCACAAGGGGGUUUCUCGAAAGCGCGUCAGCAUUCUGGUGUUUUUGUCCUGGUCGGUGUUCCAUCUUGUAGUCGUACUGGGCCAACAACUCGAGCCACCUGGCCACCUGUCCCUCGGGUUCCUUAAAGCUCUGAAGCCACUUCAGUGCGUUGUGGUCUGUUCUGACAGUAAACGGUCUUCCAUACAGGUAAUGGCGGAAGUGUCUGAUUGCGUAAACCAUAGCAAGCAUCUCUUUCUUGGUAGUGCUGUAUCGGCGCUCACGAUUGUCCAGCACACGACUUGCAUACGCGAUCACUCUCUCACUCCCGUCCUGCUCUUGAGAAAUAACUGCUCCGAGGCCAUAGUCACUCGCAUCACAGUCCACAAUGAACUUUGCGUCACUUCGGGGAAAGGCCAGUACAGGAGCUGUCACCAAUUUCUCUUUCAGGCUACGGAAGGCUCUGUCGCAUUCUGAAGACCACUGGAAUCUCUCAAUGGAUUUCGCUGUCAGGCGAUGCAAAGGGGAUGCAAUCUCUGCAAAGUCCUCAAUGAACCUGCGGUAGUACGAGGCUAGACCCAGGAAACUUCUUACAUCGGACACAUUGCAAGGGGUAGGCCACUGCUCCACUGCUCUUAUCUUGUCUGGAUCAGUACUCACACCAUCUGCUGAGAUCACAUGGCCAAGAAAAGGGACUUUCGGUCGCAACAGGAAGCACUUUGAGGGUUUCAGCUUCAGCCCCGCCUGGCGGAAUCGCUCGAAAACUUCUCGUAGCCGCACCAGGUGUUCCUCAAAGUCUCGACCAAACACAAUAACAUCGUCCAGGUAGACCAGGCACGUCUGCCACUGCAGUCCAGCAAGAACAAAUUCCAUAAGCCUCUGAAACGUACUUGGCGCAUUACAGAGACCAAAGGCCAUUACCUGGAAUUCAAAGAGGCCAUGACGGGUCGUGAAUGCUGUCUUUUCACGGUCAGCACCCUCCAUCUCGACCUGCCAAUAACCGCUGGCAAGAUCCCACGUACUGAACAGUUUCGCACCUGCUAGGGCGUCUAAGGUCUCAUCUAUUCGCGGAAGUGGGUAGGCGUCCUUCCUGGUCACAUCAUUCAGCUUGCGGUAGUCCACACAGAAACGAGUACCACCAUCUUUCUUCUUGACCAGAACUAUGGGUGAGGCCCACGGGCUAGUAGACGGACGUACCACCCCAUUCUGCAACAUGUCUUCCACGUGCUGGCGCACAACCUCCUGCUGGUGCAAUGGUACCCGCCUUGGCGCUUGCUUUAUAGGAGGGGAGUCACCUGUAUCGAUUUGGUGCUUUACCACGCCGGUUCUACCUAGGUCUGCUGGUCCGGAUGAAAAGAUGUCUGCAUACUCAUCUAAGAGCAUUUUCAGUGCGGUCCUCUGCCCGCCAGUCAGGUCUAGAGAGUCAAGGUCAAAUUUACUGGACACCUUUGGCUGCGUCGUACUACGGGAUGCUGCAGACGUAAGGUGAUUACACUCAGGUGGGUCAGGGCUGCUUUCCUCCAACUCACUGAGGGUACCAACUGAGGUGUUCUUGUACAGGGUAACAGGCAUUGGUGACGGGUUGACCAGGCGGAUAGGUACUGUGUUGUUCUUAGGGUGGGCUACCACACGAGCAAGCAAAAGAUCGUGUUGUUUGGCAAAACUUGGAGAUGGUUCCACUAAACCUAACAAACCAUCACCACAACCAGCCCCCUUAACCUUAGCAUGCAACACUAUUUCAUGACGUCCAGGAACAACCACAGUCUCCGCUAAACUUAUCCUAAAAACUUUGUUACCACCACUCUUAGCCUGAAGGUUAACAAUUUUGCUCCCAAUACUUAGUGACUUAGCCUCAAAAUCAAUUUUGCAACCAUGUUUACCUAAGAAAUCUAUACCUAGUAAACAAUCCUGGGUAACAUCUGCAGCAACUAAAACUGAAUGAACAACGUUCACCCCAUCAACGCAAAUUUCCAGGUCACACUUGCCCCUAAUAUCCAAAGGUUGGCCAUUCGCUGAAACCACUGGUUCACCAACCACACUUAACUUAAAAUUUUUGGGGGACCUGUUAAGCACCCGCUGAUGCACAAGAGUCACUGCCGACCCAGUGUCGACCAACAUGUCAAUAGGUUGCCCUGCCACUAGCCCUGCUACAUACACAGCAGUGUCACUAGAAACACUAUGAAUACUUGAAAACGAGUUUGCUACAACUUUAGUUUCUACUUUCUUACUUAAAUUAUUCUCCGAUACAUUUCGGGUCUUUCCGAUUUCCCCGACCGACGCUUGACCCGCGGCGCCGAUCACUUGGAGUUUCCCUGCUGAUCCCGUGCUGGUUGAGGACAAUCGGCAAUGUAAUGGCCCCGUUUGUGGCACCUAAAACAACGGCGUUGUAUUCGAUCUUUUGUAUUCGGGCCCAGUCCCCGACCGUUUUGUUUACGUUCGCUCUCGCCCGAAGUUGAAGGCGGCUGCCGCUGUUGUUGGUGUUGCUGGAUGAAGUGAACCAUCUGAUUCAUGGCGGCUGUGUUCUGUUUGAGGAGUUCUGCAAAUGCACUGCGCUCAUCCUGGGCUGGUUCUUGUAUUACUCGGACCGACCGACCCUUAGUCCGACGAGACUCCGCUUCGUACAUUGCCUCGAUUUGCAAGGCUCGACUGACCGCUUCAUCGAGCGUUUUUGGACCCGAUUCUCGGAUCUUCAUCCGUAUUUCCCGGUCCUCCAACGCGUCGAUAAAUUGAUCCUUUGCAAGGCUGUCUUGCAAAUCAGGAAUCGCCUCGGGAUACGCUUUACCGACGAGUCGUCGCAGCGAACUAGCGAGAUCCGGUAGCUUCUCGUCCCGUUCCCGGCGUCUUGCACGAAACUCCGCCUUGUGGAGCUCGAUCCGUUCUUUCGGCACAAAUUUUUCGCGAAGUGCUCUUUUUAAACCCGUAUAAUCUCCCCGCACGUCCGGUGAUAAACUCUGUAGUUGGAGCAACGCGGCCCCACGCAUACGAACAGCGAGAAACUGAGCUUUACGCGCGUCGUUCCACUCGUUUAUCACGGCGCAAUCUUCGAAAUGGGAAAGCCACGAGUCCCAUUCUUCGUUCCCGGCCGCCGAAAAUGCCUCUGGCAUAACUAUUGGCCUAUUACUACUAGUUGCCGCUUGUGCAGUAGCGCCUGAGCUAGGGGCAGGAGUUUCUCCGUCGGGAUUAACCAUAAUAAAAUUUAAUCAAUUACGUACACAAGAAUAGCGAUAACCCAAAACACAACCAAGCCAGUACAAGUCCCGCAAACCCAAUUGCGACAAACAGCUUCCCGACAACUUAUCAACUACUAACAAGCUCUACUUAUCUCCAAGAAUCGCCAAACUCCUCGAUCCUUGUAGAACUGAUCCACGAAGACUUGAAUUCGAUCCCGCCGCUUGCCACCAGUGUUGUAAACGGGAGUUGAUUUCGUGGCCAACAGAUAAGUGUCGACUGCUUGAGUAUCUCUAGACUUGGCCGGUUUCGGGCUAUCAGUAUUCUAAGGGACUUGUAAACACUCAAGUCCUGAUCACAUUCAUAUUCAUCGUUUAUUGCUAAAUCAAGGUACUUUUAUACAUAUUGGUAGCUAAAUCAUACGUGGGAAAAUAUAGUAGGUAAUGCAUGUGGUUUCCUUUCUAGUAAACACCCUAAUUCGAUUGAAAGCUUAAAACACUAUUACUCCUACAUUACUUACGUAAAUCCUGAGCGGCUAGGUUUGAGUAAUCAUUCCAUCCUACACAAAAUCCUAUCAGUUUAAAGGGUGUAGCUUGUAGCUUUUACGCUAUUCCGAUCGGAAGGCACAUCUAACUAUCUACUUUACACCCUGCACAUUUUUGCACGCUUGCUUACACAAUAGGGAUCAUAUUUCCGGUUCCUAUCAAGCUAGUAAUUGAUCUAUUGUUCACUCAAGAUUAACAAGUCACGAUUCAUUGUACAAAGUGUCACGAAUUCUUUAACUUUACUACAGUAAGUAAACGUCAUUUGCGUUGUAGCUUACUGUAAUCGCUUUAAAGGUCAGCUUUAGUUAAGAUGCAGAGAAGCGAAGUGUACUGUUCAAAGAAAUAGAAUAGAGAGUUAGACAAGUUUACUGAUGCUGCUUGCGUUCAUUUAUGCUGUGUUUACACUCAAGCGUUUACCAAGGUAAACAUUAACAGACUAAACCCUGGUACAUUUGUACAGUGUUUAUACGGGCUCAAAUAACUAAGGUAAGUCUGUCAUCAAUCACAAUCUAAUCGAAUUGGCGGCAAAUUCUAAAUCCACGCAUAACUGCUCGCGUUUAAAAGAGAAGCUGUGGCUCUUGUAGUCCUCGCGUUUUAUUUUCUUGUUCUUGAUCAGCAAACCCAGGAAUCGAGUUUGCAGCAGCUCUUACUUUUGCAGCACCUAAAGAGGUGGACGCGAAAGCGAUUAAUUCUGCUACAAAUUGCCCUUCGCAAGACAAGGCGCGUUAGACGUGCGUGGUCGUGGCCGAGAAACCAAUUCUGGUUCGAAACUCUAUUAAACGGAAAUUUUGUUGAAGAAUGGUGUGUCUUUUGUGUCUUUGGUUUUUGCCAUAACUUCUUCGUAGACCGAAACCAAACGUGGAAACCUGGUCGAAAACCUAGUCUCGAAAACCUGGUCUCGAAAACGUGAUCGAAUGAGCCUGACGCAAUCCCGACACCACAGGAUUUGAAAUUCUACGCGACCGCAAGCGGAUGUAUCUGUCAUCCAAACCUUGGUUACCGACCUUAACCAUGCCUUUUCGCAGGGCAAACCGAACUUUUACCUUAGUUAACUUUCUAUUGUCUUCAGCGGUGUUUACCAGGGUAUCAGUUGGCGUUUACACACGCAAAAUAUUUACCUAGGUAAGUUAACUCCAAUACCUCGGUAGCACGCUCAAGUCUAAACACGGCAUUAAAGGAGUGUGACAUGAUCAGUGUACAAUGCAUAAUCCCUCCCCUCGCCCCGUGAUAAAUUUCUUUGAUAUUUUAAUUACAACAGGAAUUAAGCUUAAAUAAAUCGUUCCCUUUAGAAAGGAAGGUCAAAAGGUCCAGCAAUUCCAGGAGAAGAACCAUUGGACUCAGAGUAAGUAAUUACAACUGUAACUAAUUCACAGAUAGACGUAUUCGGCUAAUUCAAUGUUGUACCUAAUUCAAAUCUCCCGGGGUUAAGAUUCUUUGUGUAUUGUAUUUGCAUUAUAAUGUGGCAUUCACAUUUCAUUGAUAUGGAAAUUCCCGAAACAAAACGGGUUUUUCCCAAAGGGUUUGAAUUGGGUACAACAUUAAGUUAAUUAGCCAAAUAGGUCUAUUGGCUAUGGAAAGCGCUCUGGCCUGUUAUCAGUUUUGGAUCAAAAUGAGACCAGCACAGCUUGCACACAAAGACAAUUUUUGGUUGUUACUUUGGGAAGAGAGAAGUGACAACUGCAAAAUAAUACAUCUGCAUUUGCAGGCUAAGGCCAUGUGUAAGGCCUGUAGGUCCAAGAAAAAUUUUCCACGGCACCCCUUGCCCCUGCAUGGUCUGGAUGAGUGCCCCCUCCCAACACUUCAUAGUCCACUGUGAAAAAUACCGUAGUAAUCUAUAAUGCGUAAUUAUUCUGAGCUUUUUUCUUACAAAUUUUAUCUCUGAUUAAAGAGUCCUUCCAAAUCGCUUAUUCUGUUGUUGCAAAACUUCUGAAUUAUGCAGUGAUAAGACAAAGGUACUAAACUAAACGUUGAACAUUGGCACAACUGCGUUUGCAUGCAAAUGUACUGAGUAUGCAAUUUUUCAACAAGUGGUGAAUUGGAGAUGCAAAUUGUGGCCAAAACGUAUGCAAAAGUAUGGUUUACAUAAAACACUACCCUAACAGGGCAGCAAUGUAAGGAAUUAUGGUAUUUUCUAUGGUCCCUUUUGGCCAUUGUUAAUUGUUACCUGAUAAGGUGAUUUUAUUCAUUAAAUUUGUGCAUGUUUUAGUGAUCUCUUUCCCUUUCAUUCUAGUGUAGAAAUAAGGUCAUGUUUCAUUAUCAACCUUUGAGAUUGUCUUACUGGUGCAUGUAUAAGUGGAUGUACUUCUGUGAACCUACCUACCUACAGGGUGAAUGUGGCCUUUAUUUAGAGUUGUAUUUUACAGAAAAGCAUAAAUAUGCUAAUAUCUAGCCUAUUGGCAUUAUGUCUUUCUAACUGACUUAAAAAAGUAAAAUUUAGUAGGAAAAACAACUUUUCCAUGGUUUUGUAAAAAAUAAUUUUUGAUACCAGAUAAUCAUUCUUGCAAGCUGAAAAUCAUAUGCAAGAGACAUGUGUAAGGAAAUUUUGCAUCAGGUACACUGUCACUACCGUUUUAAGGUUUUCCUAAUCUGACCAAACAUGUAAUAUAAUGUAAGGUUUGCAGGAGUUGUGGAAUAACAUGUAAAUAUUGUCUGCUUAAGCAACUUGCCAUCUGCAGCUAUAGUGAUUAUCUGUGGGUUGUUACUUUAUUUUGCAGAAUGGGAAAUUUUCUUGACAUGGGAAAAGCUGGAAGUGUCCAUGAAUACUUGAUUCUAUUACAUGAGAAAUAUGGCAGUAUAGCAGGGUUCUGGUGGGGCGAGAAGUAUGUCGUCAGUUUGGCUUCUCCAGAGUACUGGAAAGAAGUAAACCACAUCUUUGACAGACCACGUGAGUAUGAAAACCAACUUCUAAGUAGAUUGAGGGUUGAAUGAUAAAUUUGAUAGUUCUGGUAUUAAAAUUGCAUUUUCUAAUUGAGCUGUUGAAAGGAGUCUGAAAAAAAUUGUCCAUCCAGGAUUCUUGAAUAAUAUGAAAAUUAAUUACUGGAGUUUGUUAAGCUGAUUAAACAUAUGAUGAGGAUUGAAUUCAUUAGACCACCUUGUACAGAACUGCUUCAUUUGACUUUAAGGUUGCAAAUGUAAAUUCAAUACAAGCCUGACACUUUUUUAAAGUACAUUUUAUUUUUGAAUUUAUUGAGUAAAUCUGCCAUUUACCCAGAUUUCAUUUCCUCUGCAGUGGAACUGUUCCAGAUGUUUGAGCCUCUUGUUGGUAAAAAGAGUAUUCAAAAUCUAAAUGGUCCGGGUGCUCGAAAGAAGCGGCAGCUGAUGGAUAGAAGCUUUAGUCAAGGAGCUGUAAAAGACUACUAUGAGCACUUUGUGAUGGUAAAUAUUAGUGUAACAUGUUUCAAUUUUUAAAUUACCAGUAACUGAGAUGCCACAGGCAUGCAUUUAGAUUAGUCAAUGGCGUACUAUUUCAAGAGGCUUUAAGGCAGCUGUAAAGAGGCAGGUACAAAAGUCGGACCGUCAGUCCGGGUCGGAUCAACUCUCCAAAUGGCGCUCUUUCUCCAACAGAAGACCAAGGCUGGGUUAAACUUUCAGUUUUGCUGAUUUAAUUUAAUUUUUUUGAUUGCUCCGAGUUGAUCCGAGUCCAAUUUUAUUUUAUUUUUAUUUUUUUAUUUGAUCCGAGUUGGUCCGAGUCGAUCCGAGUUGAUCGGUCCGACUUUUGUACCUGCCUGCUGUAAAGCCUUGUCUUAAUUGAUGUUUUAUCUUCCAGGGUUUGUAAAGAGUCUUGAAUUCUGGAAAAAUGGUAAAAAAGUCUUCAAUUAAAGCUUCAACAACCACUUUAUAGGUGAAUUUUUUUUUGGUAAAAUCUUAUUCAAUCUCACCUGUACAUGUGUACAUUUGCAACACAAUUCAUGCAUGCUUGCAUUUUUUGGAAAAAUAAAUUAUUGUUAAAGAAACAUGUCUGGAAAAAGUCUUGAACUUUGGAUUAAAAAAUCUGUAAGAACCUGCUAUCUAUGUUGCAGAAUUAUAAAAAGUCAAACCUUAAAAUGUUUUUAGUGAAUCACAUUGCUUUUAAACUGUGCAACUGCAUGACCAUUACUCUUUUGACUGAUCAUUGAAUCAUUCUGUUGGAAAGAUUGCCAAAGAAGCUGCGGACACCUUUGCAUCAUACAGUCCUGAAGAACAUAUUCCUUUGGGAAAAAACAUGUUAACCAUGGCAAUGAAGGCUAUAUCUGUGGCAGGAAUGGGCCGUAAAUUUUUAAACACAAAGGAAAUUCACAAACUAGGAUCAGCCUAUGACAUGGUAAGAAUUCAAGUUCCUAGAAUUUUACAAAAAUUAUAUUGAGAAUAUAAUAUUUCAUUUUCUAGCUACUAGCUCUCUUGUAAAUAAAGUUAAUCAGAGAUUAGAAAAAUGGGCUUGGUUCCUGUUUUUACUCCACCAAAUUAAUUACAGAGCUUUUGAUAUGACUGAUCAAGCAGUGAAAAGUCAUGAACAUGGAACAAACAUUCAGGCACAUGGUUAUAAGCUGAACAGCAAGUUUGGUUCACUUUCAACCACAGAUCGACUGUCAUUAUUGUUUAUAAUAUUAUUGUAAAGGCACAAAAACAGAAAAAAUAAAUCAAGGGCGAAAGGCCAGAAUGUACUGCUAUUUAACUACUUCACUGAAUCUUUAGUACCUUUUGUGUUUAAGGCCUUGUUUUGUAUUUUGUAUUUUUGGGGGGGUGGGGGGGGGGGUUGGAAUGCAACUGUUGUUGGUAAUAGGGAGUGACAGUUACAGUGAUGGUGGCAAAAACGUUGCUUAUUACAAAUGUGUCCGCUUUCUUUUAAGCUUUGUCCUGAUUAUUUUAAAUUCACUUACAUGUACUUUGUAAAAUGUAAGUGAAUUCCCCUUGAGUUGAAUAUUAUAAUUCCUAAGAACCAUAUCAAAGUUCAGAAAGAUUUGUUGCUUGUCCACUUUCUUGUCCAUUUUUUCACAUCAAAGUUGUGCUCUUCGGACAUCUUCGGAUAUUAUCAGGCCCCCUAUGAAAAUUCCUGGCAUUCUCAAGGUAAAAAUGUCAUGCCUAUAAGUUUAUAAAAUAAUUGCUGCCUCCAAGUUAAAUUCUUACUGUCACUUACAAUCACAAGACUGUUUGAAUCUCCCAAAGGAGAUUUUUGUAACCUUGAAUGAAAAUGCGGUAAACUUUUGUUAUUCAACAUGAAAAUGCUCAAAACUCAUUAGAAUGGUGAGGAGUUUCAGUGCAAAUUGCUUUGGAUAUUUAGACUUCAUUUUAAUGACCUUUGAUGGAAGGGCAAAAAAAGAUAAAAAUGUCAUGGAUUUUAUUUUUUUUAUAGAAUUAUAAUGAUAUUCCAAUUUAUUAUCGUUGUAUACCCAGUUGCAGCAAACUUUCACAUAUGACUGCUAUGAGGGGAAUAGUAAAUAUAUAAAUAAUAAUAAUAAAUAUAAAACGUAUAAUGCGCAUAUACAAUAGAAAUAUUUUCAUAUGCGCAUAACUGACGAUAAGAUAUAAAUAAGUCAAAUUAAAGGCUAUCAUAAAAUUGUAAGUCAAUUAAAUUCUAUGUUAAAAAAUAAAAUAAUAAAAUAAUAAAAGAAAAUAAAAACAGAUAAAGAAAAUAAAUGAAUAAGUCAAUUAAAAAGCUAUGUUAAAAAAGUACGUUUUGAGAGCUCGCUUGAAAGAUGUGAGGCUCUGAAUGUUUCUGAUCUCCGCAGGAAGACUGUUCCACGGUUCAUUUGGGAGCAGGUAACUGAAAGGCUCGGCCACCGAGUGUAGAUAGGCAUUGUGCAUUGGAUGGUACCAACAAAGUUGCAUUCCUUGACCUAAGAUUAUAUCUUGACUGGGCAGCGACCGCAAUAAGAUCAACCAGAUAUUGUGGUGCAAGUCCAUAGAGGCACUUGAAUGUUAAUAACACAAUUUUAAAUUCAAUUCUGUAUUUGAUGGGCAACCAGUUAGGAUCUUUUAAAAUGGGAGUGAUAUGACAGAUACAAGGAGUGUUAGUUACCAGUCUAGCAGCGGCAUUUUGAACUCUUUGAAGUUUAUUAAUGUGAAUAGUAGGAAGGCCAUAUAAUAGGCUGUUGUAGUAGUCCAAUUUACUGGUAAUAUACGCAUGGAUAAGAGAUAAUUGGCGGUUUGAUGAGACAAAUACUUUCUGAUCCUACGUCUAUUGUAGAUAUAAUAAAAAGACAAACUGCAGAUAUUAUUUACAUGGCUAAGCAUGUCAAGAUUAGAGUCAAACCAUGAUCCCAAGUUUUUCACUUUUGUUGAAGGACUAAUAUUCGAGAUUCACCAACAACAAGGUGUGAAGUAAUAUAUUGCUUUCUGAAGUUGCUGUCUUGUUCCAAGGAUAAGAAUUUCUGUUUUGUCAGGAUUAAUUUUUAAUCUAUCCAUCGAUCAUCAUCCAGUUCUGUACGUAUCAUGGACACAGGAUUGUAUAGAUGACACAGCAGCAGUUUCCUUUAGAGGCCAAAUAUAUAGUAUCAGCAGUAUAGGCGUGUACAUUGGGCAAGUGUUUAUUAACAAUAUUUAACAGCUUACUGGAAUAAAUGACGAAUAACAGAGGACCUAGACAACUACCUUGGGGGACCCCAAGAUCGAUACUAAACUGGUCUGACAAUACACCAUCGACUGUAACUUUCUGAGAGCGAUUUGAUAAGUACGAGGCGAACCAUUCUAGGACUUUUCCAGACACACCAAAUCCUGUGCAUAGAUGGUUUAGGACAUGUCAAAAAUGGCGCUGAGGUUCAGAGGGAUAUGAAGUGUAGCAUGUUGUUUGUCCAUGUCCAUUAAAAUGUCAUUUUUAAUUUUGAGUAGGGCUGUUUCAGUGCUAUGGUUAGGACAAUAUGCCGACUGGAGUAUAGGAAAGAGAUUACCGGUACUCUUAACCAGAUGAGAGUGAAGCUGAUCCGCUGCUGCUCGUUCAACUAACUUAGAAACAAAUUGCAGAUUACUUAUGGGGCGAGAGUUUUUGAAAGCCAGGUCAGAACCACACUUCUUUAGUGUGGGAGUUACAAGAGCCUUUUUUCACACGUCUGGAAAGACACCAGACUGUAAUGACUGGUUGAUAAUAACAGUUAUAUUUUAGCAAGGGCAUCCAAAGAACACGAUUUCUUUUGAACACUAAGCAGAAGUUUCUUAACAGAGUCUUUGCUUAGGAGCUCAAAAUUAGAGAAAAAUCCUGAGGAAGAUGAGGGUUGGAAACAAUUUGUUGAUGGAGCUAAAGUACUAUGAUUGUUGUGAACUGUAGCUACUGCAUCUGACUCAAAGCAAAUGUCAGAUAUUUUCUUUUUAAAAAAGGCUCCAAGUUCGUUAGCGAGGGUCAACUGCUUGCAAUGCUCUGGAAAAGGGGACUCCUUCACUUGUUUAAGCAUCUUUUUCGUGAAGGCAAACAGUUUAUUAACAAAGUCAGAGUAAAACUCAUGUCAUGCCUUAUUCGUAACAUACGUCGUCCUGUUCCUUAAAGCUUUGAAGGCCUUCCAAUCAGAAUCAAGUUUAGUUCUCUUUCAUUUAUGCUCAGAUUGUGUGCGUAACCUUCUUAUAGACCUGAUUUCAUCCGUGAACUAAGGUACACGAGUCUUGUGUACGACUGAUCUUUAACAAAGAGGAGCGUGUUUGUCCAAGAGUGCUGAAAGCAUCGUAUUUUAAUUAGUGUUUACCAGGUCUUCAAGGUGUCUCGGAGUGUUCCGUAGCAAUUCAGAUGCACAAAGAUCAGACUUGAACUUUUCAUAGUCAACUGAGUUCAUUUUCCAAUAACUUACUUUCUUAGCAGUAGGGUUCGACUUUGACAUUAAUUUAAAUUGCAGAGGACAGUACCGUGAUCUACUCCAUCGUCUUUUCUCUUAUAUUAAUUGACUAUUCAGUUUUGCAUCAUCAGAGUAAAUUGUUGCAUAUUUCUAUUUGUUUUAGUGUUGGGAUGAAAUGGAGGCUAGAUUAUCAGGUCCUGCCCCUGAACCAGACAGCCAGAGAGAGAAAGAUUUUCAAGAAGGUAGCAUACCUGUAAAUAUGGUAUCUUCUUGGUUAAAUGCCAGGGGUAUCAUUUAGAACCUGGCUGCUAAUUCCUUUGCCUUACUGUUCAUACAGCUAAGCUCUGCACGUGUGGGAGCCCAAUAACUAAGAAAAUUUGGUUACCUAUCCACCUGAGGAGUUUUGAUAGUCACACGACUAUUAUUAGCACCGAGAACGUACAGAUAUGGCGCUAUGGAAAUCCUUAUUAUUAUUAUUAUUAUUAUUAUUAUACAUCCAGCCACCAGCCUGCCUGUCCAUCCACAUCACAGGAAAACCAGUGUGAAAUGUUACACUUUCCAGCUAGUGUGGGAGCUGCCUGCAAACUGAUAUUUCACAUCCAUGUUGUGGACAAUAUUGAAGCUGUCAAAACAAAGUAUUUACUGACCUGUAUCACCUGACUGUAUUGCGGGCUCAGGUGUCGACCCAUUGAGGUUAUGUGUUUUUUUAAAAUUUACUGCUGACAAGUUUUCAGUUUCAGCUGAUAGGCUCAACUCUAAUUAGAUUUCUCCAUUCCAAAGUUUUCAUUAUGGGAGCUUUGCCUUUAGCCCCAGCUAAAUCUAUAUAUCAUUUGUAGAAAUGGUUAUUAGUGUACCACAUGUUUUUUACAUACUAUAAAAUCUUUGAAGAGGCCAGCUUAUACCACAUCCAACCCCACCUCCCAAAAAGGGGAUCAAGUCUACUCAUCAUGCCUCUUUUAGACUUGCCACUUAUGGUGUAUCAAUAAACCCAUCCAUCAUAUAUAUAUAUACGUCAUUCGAUUCAUUCCAUUCCAUUUUAAUGUUUGAUUACGGGCAGGUUGUAUUCUCAAAGUUAUGCCUCUAUAUGAUGCAAUGUCCCUUGGCAAGCAAACUGAGGCCUUUUACUUUGCUUGUAACAUGAUAUCAGGCCCAAUUUUAGCAGCUUUCAAACAUUCUCUCUUCUGUGGUUUUCGGCAGCAAGGGGAGCUAUGCGUAGUCUUGUAAAGGACUUCAUAAAGAAGAGACGACAGGAUGAAGAAAAAGCAGAGAAAUUAUUCAUUGAUUCUAUUCUGGAUUGUGAUUUCAUGAACGAAGAGGAGGUCUGUUUGCACUUCACUUUUAACCCUUUCAAUUCCAGAGAUGGUCAGGUGUGAACAUUCAAAUUAAAUUUUAUCAGCGGAACUUUUACAGUAACGUAUAACAUUACAACUUUUCAGUCAGCAGAUGAAAUCCUAUGGUGUGCAUGACCAUUCAAAUGAAAUGUUAUCAGCAGUGCUUUCACAUUCUACUGUUUAUAUAUUAAUUUUUAGCAAUGACCUUGAUCGCUUGCAAAACUUAGACAUUUUGUUUGUUACUUGAUAAAAUUUGUUUUCUUUAGUCUGCAAAUACGUGAACUUUGGAUAAUUCUACAAAUUUCACCGUGAACCAUAAGGGGAUUGAAAGGGUUUUAGGAUAUUCCCAUUUUGCAUUUUCUAUUUUAAAUACCCACAAAAUUAAUUUCCUGACAAUAACAGGUGUUAUUUGGUUGGGACUUACUUUUAAUUUGGGUUUAUUGGGAUAAUUUUACAGUUGAUCACUCCACUUAUUGAUCAUGCAUGGUGUUAUUUAUUAUUAAGUUUAUUUGGAUAAUUUUACAUUGACAUUCUCAUGGUGCCUAUAAGUUGGGACAUUCUCUUCCUCAGGGCUGACACACCUGUGCAGGCAUGGAUCUAGGAUAAAUACUGAUUGAUUUCCUUAACAAAUGCCGAAGGUGUAGGCUUCUUAAGCAGGGUCUGGAGGCGGGCUCCCCAGGAAAUGUUUUGGAUUUUUACUCUUAAUGUCCCUUUCCUGGUUUUCUGAGUCAUUCAGACAACAUAUUGGCCAGAUUUCAAUAAUAAAAAGUGUUUUUAUUAUUGAUAUAUAUAUUUAUUAUGAAAAAUGAGACCGAUUUCUGUAAAACAAUGGAAACCGGUGUGGAUCCAUGCCCGCUGUGCAUGUUGGCCUUGUUGAUAAAAUGUUAAGCCAAGUAAAAUGCAAGAAAGUAUUUUAGAUUGCUAAAAUAUCAUACUUCAUCUCUAGAUAAUUGCUAAAAUAUCAUACUUCAUCUUUUUGUAGAUUUGUGACAAUGUCAUUGGCUUUUUUAUUGGAGGUUUCCAUACAACAGGAUAUAGUAAGUACCAUUUUCCUACAUGGAAGGUGUACGUGUUUGUAAGUAAAGGUAUUUAAAAGGGUUAAGGGUUGGACCUCCCUGUUUUAAACUUUGUUGUAUCCUCCUCCUCAGCUUUGUGUCGCUAAAAACAUGAAAUGUUUGUUUUGUUAAAACCAAAAUCUUCUUUAAAUCCUAAGGAUGCCUACUUCUAGAUAUUAGACAUUACCAGUAUAUUAACUUUUUUUAUUUUAGUCUAACAAAUCUGUUUAAGUAGUCAAUUCCGAAAUAUCCGUCCAAUCCAUGUCUUGGUGAAGUUUAGAUACUGAACCAUGUUAAUUAGGCUAUGAAACUCAAAUUACAAAAAAGCCUUGAAAACAAAACCCUUUAAAAUAACUAAACGUGUUACAAGGUAUCUGUACAAACAAUCUUUAUUUUUUCAGUGAUGACCUGGUGUUUAUACUUCCUUACCAAACAUCCUGAAGUGCAGGAAAAAGUUUACCAGGAAAUAGAAGAAGUUCUGGGGGAUGAAGACAUCAAACCAAUGGUUUCCUCAGAACUCAAGUCAGUGACAUAUUUAUUUUGAAGCUCCACUUUUAAUUCAUGUUUCAGUGGAAUCCCGCUAUACAUUUGGCCACUUUGAUUUGCCCUGACGAAAUGAUCAUACAUUUUCUCAUAAGGAAACAUUUGAAUUCGGCUGAAGGCUACUUUGUGAAAAUUUAUCCCAAUGGGUCUGAAACAUGAAUAUAACAAAUACAUAGACAGAACAGACAAAUUUUUCAAUAUUAUCAUAUGCUAAAAUAAGAAGACAAAAGGAUUAAAAUCAAGGGUUGUUCAAAAGUGAUUUGAUUAUAAGAGGCAGAAUUUGGCUGUUACAGGUCAAAAUUAAAUUCAUGUUAAGAUUUUUUAUUAAAAAUUAACCUAGGUUGAUUCUCAAAUUCUUCUGUCUUCGUAAGCCCUAAUUAUUCAUGUAUUAGUUCUUGGAGACAAAUGGAAUUGAGAAUCAACCUGGGUUAAAUAAUUUUAACGUGAAUUCUUUGAUGACCUGUAACAUUCACAGACACCUUGUAGAGACGAAGAAGAGUUGCUUGCUGUGCGUUAUCAGGGUUAUAGGGUCCUGAUAACUUAUUCAAUUUAAGGAGUAACUUAUUUUUGUUGCCAUUAGAUACACGCGUCAGGUGAUUGAUGAGACCCUCCGUGCUUCAGUUCUAGCUCCAUGGGGAGCAAGAGUCCAUGAAUUUGAUCUCCAAGUUGGAGAAUAUGUGAUUCCUAAAGAGGUAUGUAAUAUAAUUAGAUUUACUGUAUGGCUGUAUGCUGCCAUACCUGUGUGUUUUGCCAUUAACAAUACCUUGUUAACUUGCUAUUUUCAGCAAUGUCUUGAUUCCAGAAAUGACAAAUUAUUCUAGUAUCUCCCACUUUUCACUACAGACAAAAUUGGCCAUAUGUAGCCUGUUCCAGGCUUCGAGAUAGUCGGGUCAGCUGAAUUGCGAAAGAGCAAACACGAAAAUAAAACGGGAGGAAACUUCUUCCUCUUUCCCGCCCGCCAACUUUUCGCGUGUCUGAGAGCCUGGAACAGGCUAGGCCAUAUGCAACUUUGUGUAUAACAUGUCUAUUAACAUUUAAACAGUAAUGAACACUUAUAGUCUAUCAAGAAGUUUAUAUUUUAUUUUUCAGACCCCCAUCCUUCUUCCAUUUGGAGUUGUCCUUCAAGACCCAAAUAUAUGGCCAGAACCUAAAAGGUAAUUAUUGUAGCUCGUAUUUCUUUGUUGUACUUUGCAACCUGUAAUAUAUAGAUUUAGCCAGGGCUAAAAGCGAAGCUCUGGUUAAUAAUACGUGUAAACAAAAAAAAUUAAAUCGUGUGACGCUAAACGGGGGACGACAAUGAAAAUGGCUUCAAGAGUAAUAGAUCUAAUUAGCAAAAAAAACAAAUUGCACGUGCAGCCACUUUUUCUUCUAAUUAGCAAAAAGCAAAUUUGCACGUGCAGCACGCUUUUCUGUCUUUCCCUUGCCGUUGUUUUGCACGACUACAACACUGUUUUGUACGAGUAAAACAUCAAACUUCCUAGUUACACACUAUUUUUAUGGAGAAAUUGUCGUAUGUGCUUACCCAAUAUUUUGUUUCCAGUGUUCAUGUUCGCUUUUAUUUUUCACUGCCGCUCAUUUUCACCUUGCUGGCCGCCAGCAUUUCUCAUUUUCUCACCGCCGCUUUGAAUUUCCAUGUUUUUGUUCCAACGAAUUUUCAAUAACUCGCUCUAGCUUUUUCUCUGUUAUCCACGUUAGUGUACACAUAAAAAAUAACGCCGAAAAAAGACACGACUUUUUUCUUUCUAAAAGUCCGUUCGGCCAUGUGAUUUCCUUACAAAUAAAACCUUGAGUUGCAUUUGGGUUCCCAUACCUGUUGAUUGAGUUAUUUUACAUUGGUAUCCCUGUGGUGCGGACGGACGGUCGUACGGUCACGUGAUUACCAAAUUUUCUGGGAUGGGUAGAUUACCACAUUUCCUUAGCUAUGGGGCUCCGCCCACGCGCGCGCUUCGCGCGGGUGGAGCUCCGCUAUUAAGCGGACAUCUCAUAGCGGAGCUCCACUCGCGCGCGAAGAGCCCCAUCCGAGAAAUUUUGGUAAUCACGUGACCGUCCGCCCGUCUGUCCGCACCACAGGCCAACCAAAGCAAUGUGAAAUGUCAAAUUUUCUAGCUAGUGUAAGAGAGCCUGUAAUCUAUGUUUAACCUGAUAAUAGACAUCCAUAUUAUGGUCAGUUGACAGGUGUCAAAACAGGGUAUCUGCUGACCAGUGUCGCAUGACCGUAUCGUGGGCUCAGGUGCCAAUUCAUCGUGGUCACGUGUUAUUUGAAGUUUUCCGCUGAGCUUCGCUUUUAGCUCUGCCUAAAGCUAUAUAUUAUUUCCAUAACUACGCAGAAGAGAGACGCCUGUGAACGAGGCGGCCACUCCAGCAAAGACUACGAGGAGAACCUUAAGUUAGGAUAGGGAUAGUAUAGAAAGCGAAAUAGGCAUGCCCACGUGAAUGUCCUCCAGCGAGUAAUCGCUACUUGUUGACUAUCUCUAGUGAAGUAAGUAAGUAAGUAAAGACUUUAUUUUAUGAGGGUUAGCACGAAAUAGCCGGGGCUAAUAAACUUGUGGCCCUCUAAAUAAUAAAUAAAUAAAUAAUAACAUAAUAAAUGAGUAUACUAAGCUAUAAAAAAUACAAGGUAAAUACCAAAGAAUACAGAUACUAUAGAAUCUACUAAAUUAUUUAAAAGAUAAAAUAUAGCAUUAUAAUCAUGUCACAAUUCAUCAAGUAACUUAAAUAGAAAAAUGAUCAAGAUGUUGCUGUUGUUUAAGAAAAUUCAUUCCACAAUGCCUUUUUUAAAGAGUCAACUGAAUCCCUUUGCCUUACUGGCAAAGAUAAGCUGUUCCAUGCUUUGCAAGUUGUGACGGUAAAAGUUCUGCCUCCUUCUGUUUCGCGAUUAUACCUCGGAGAGGUUAGGUUAAAAUUACAGUACCUGGUUUGUCUACUGUGGAUGUUACUGUUUAAUUUAAGUAGAUCGUUUCGAUAAACAGGGACGUCACCUAGUAAUCGCUUAUAAGCAAUGAUACAUUUAGAUAUUAAAGAGUCUUUAUAAAAAGGCAACCAUUUCAGCCGAUUAAACAAGGGAACUGAUGGUGCUAGAGGGGGGGCAUUCAGGAUUACUCUAGCUGCUCGUUUUUGGAGCUUCAGGACCCACCAAGGCUUUCCUUAUCACAAUUAGUCCAGAGGACACUUGCAUAAUUAAUCACUGGCCUGAUCAAAGCAUUGUAAUAAAGUAAUCUUUGUUUAAGGGGCAGAUAAUUCAUAAUUUUCUUUAACAAGCCGAUGCGCUGUGAAACUGUCUUACAAACAGUCGUGAUAUGCUUAGAGAAAGAUAGCUCUUCAUCAAUCUCAAGACCUAGUAGCUUAACGUACAUAACGUUAGUUAACAAACUGCCACUGCAAGAGGGUUAUUGUUUAUUUUGGUCGAGAGUAGCUUUCCUUUCACGGUGAGGUCUUUGGUCUUUUUUUCGUUGAGUGGAAGCCCGUUGGCCAAUGCCCAGUUAAAAACUUCUGAUACACAUGUAUUAAGAGACUCCCAGUCCUGCAUUCUUCCCAUGCUGCCACAAUCUGCUGACGAUGUGAUUGUAGUAUCGUCUGCAUAAAGAUCUAUUUAAUAAAAACUGUAAAAAACAAGGGGCCGAGUAUCCUGCCCUCAGGAACCCCAUGUUUCAUAAGCGCCAUAUCUGAGACGCGACCACCCAAAACAAAAAAACAAACAAACACCGCUCGGCUUCGCUCUCUGACAUCUUUUUUCUCGCCUUUUAUGAGAAGUUUAUGUUAACAUAUGACUUGAGAGUAUUAUUGGUAAUACAGUUAAUACUGUGAAACCCAAUCUUUUGGAAGAUGUCUUGGCGUGUAGAUAACGUGUCUUACAUGUCUUUAUCAGGUUUGAUCCUGAUCGUUUCAGUCAAGAAGACAUCAAGCAGAUUCCAAGCUUGGCUUAUCAACCGUUCGGAUUUGCUGGAAAGCGUAAGUGCCCAGGAUGGCGUUUUUCAAUCGCUGAAGGCCUGGUAUUGCUCUCUGUUCUCAUGAAACGCUUCAAGUUUCAUCUCGUUGAUGGACAAAAAGUUAAACCUGUUCAUCGUCUGAUGACGUCACCGGCCGAGGAGAUCUGGGUCACAAUUACCAAAAGAUAA